CAGAUUGGCUGGCUUGUAACCGGCAUUUUCACGAUAACCUCGGUCGUGAUCUCCUUCUGGCUCAUGGAGAAGCAUUUUCGGGGUUAUACAAACAAAGCAGAGCAGCGCCAUAUCGCGCGGAUUCUCCUCAUGAUUCCGAUAUACUCCGUUGUGAGCCUAGCGUCCUACUUAUUCUGGAACCAUUCGACUCCUCUGUUACUCCUCCGCGACUGUUACGAAUCCACUGUGCUAACAUCAUUCUUCUAUCUACUCCUGAUAUGCAUCUCUCCCGACCCUGAAGAACAGAAGGAAGUGCUUCGAAAGGCUGGGCUUUCUCGUGAGAACGACCGGGAGCGCGUGCGGGCGGGCGAACCGCUCAAGAAAUGGAUGUUUCCGCUCGGGUCAGUCAAAUGGAAGCCGGCGGAUGGUCUGUACUUUCUGCAGCUCAUGAAGUGGGGCGUCUUACAAUACUGCGUUAUCCGGCCGACAACGACUCUGGCCGCAGUCAUACUAAAUUACGUCGGUCUCUACUGCAAUGAUUCCUGGAGUCCCGAGUGGGGACAUCUUUAUAUUACUUCUAUCGUUUCUGUCUCAGUUACGAUUGCCAUGUACUGUCUUCUGCAAGUGUACACGUCGAUCAAAGUUUAUCUGGCGCCUCAAAAGCCAUUGAUGAAGCUGCUCGUCAUCAAAGCAGUCGUCUUUCUUACGUUUUGGCAAGAAUCUGGUCUAUCUCUGCUUGCAACGUUCGGGAUUGUGAAGAAUACAGAGUACAUGACGGCCGAUGACAUCAACAUAGGUAUCGGCGCCAUCUUGGAGACGGUCGAGAUGACGAUUUUCGCUUUGUUGCAUAUCAAGGCUUUCAGCUAUAAGCCCUACGUUACCGGUUAUCCCACCAAGCGCUUUCCAUCGUUCAUACAUGCCUUCAACUUCAAAGAAACGCUAGUCGAGCUGUGGUACGGGCUGGUGUACAUGUUCCGUCGUACGCGCGGGCGCGAAGUGGACGUCAUGGCGCGGCGGCAAGCAGCCCACGAGAACAUAUUUGGGAAGUCUCGUCAUCAGAUACCAGGCAGUGAAAUCGCUUCUCUCACGAAUCAGAGGGUGACUGACGAAGACAAGGUCCCGCUCUCCGUGCACGUCGCUGUUGAAGAGACUGUCCAUGUCAAUACAGAACGACAGUGGUUAGGCCUUGGUGAUGAUCAUGCGUAUGAACUUGGAUAUCAUUCGCGCAAGCAACGGGAGAAAAGCGAGGAAUUCGGGGAGCAGGUCGAGAGGGAGCUCGCCAGUCGAGGGUAUGGACGACGUCAGCCAUCCGACAACCGGGCUAAGUAUGACUUGUUACAGCCUACGGAACCGAUGCAGCCUGUCGCACGGCGGCGCUCUGGACGAUCAUGGUGGCGCAAUAUAUACGACCGACUGUCACAGUCG